GAGACAAUCCGCCAUUCAUUUGAAAAUUUCCCCAGGAAAAACGGUUAUGCCAACAGAAUUCGCCUUCGGAUACCGAUCCUUCCUCAUACCACGUUAAAACCUUCGUCUGAACCUUCUCUCCCCAUUGGGAAAACAUCGGUUUUCCCUCUUAAAUCCCUCUCUGUACGCAUACAUUACGUUAUACACAAAUUAAUUUAGAGAGAGAGAGAGAGAGAGAGAGAAAAACAGAGGGAGGUAGGACAGAGAAGGAGAGGAACAUCGAUGGACUCGCCGGGGUCGUCGGGCCGGUCGUCGGUGCUGGAGUCGCUGAGGGGGAUGGGUCGGAUUCGGAGGGACGACCUGAGGCGGAGGAUCACGAUGCCUCAGUACCAGCGCAUGGCCAUGCGAGACGCCAUUGACUCCAGCGACGUCGUCGCCACCGGAAACCGGUACAUCGCCUUCAAGUACGGCGGAGAAUCCGCCCGCCCCCCGGAGGAGGCUCCCGUCGUGGUUUUCAUCAACUCGAGGAGCGGCGGGCGGAACGGACCCGAGCUCAAGGCUAGGCUUCAGGAAUUGAUGGGCCAAGAGCAGGUUUUUGACCUUCAAUCUGUGAAGCCUCAUGAAUUUGUUCAAUAUGGGUUGGGAUGCUUGGAAAAGUUGGCUGAACUUGGGGACUCGUGCGCCAAAGAGACUCGUGAAAAGCUGAGGGUUGUGGUUGCAGGAGGAGAUGGCACUGUGGGUUGGCUCCUAGGAAGCCUUGGAGAGCUUCACAAACAAGGGCGCGGGCCUGUUCCUCCAACAGCUAUCAUUCCCCUCGGGACAGGAAAUGACUUGUCUAGGAGUUUUGGUUGGGGUGGUUCCCUUCCUUUUAACUGGAGAUCAGCAACCAAAAGAACUCUUGACAAGGCAAGUACAGCUCCAACUUGCCGUCUAGAUAGUUGGAAUGUUUCAAUAUCCAUGCCAGCACAGGAAGUUGUGGAUCCACCCCAUUCUCUGAAGUCUGUGGAGGGGUGCUCCCUUGAUCUGGCAGGAGAAAUAGAAGGGCAGUUGCCUGAGAACCGGUCUUGUUAUGAAGGCGUUUUUUAUAAUUACUUCAGCAUAGGAAUGGAUGCACAAGUUGCCUAUGGCUUUCACAAUUUACGCAAUGAGAAGCCUUACCUCGCACAAGGACCUAUUUCAAACAAGGUGAUUUACUCUGGCUACAGUUGCAAACAAGGUUGGUUCCUCACACCGUGCAUUACUGAUCCAAGUUUAAGGGGACUAAGGAACAUAGUAAGGUUGUAUAUUAAGAAGGCCAACUACUCAGAAUGGGAACAAGUUUCAAUCCCUUCAUGUGUCAGGUCAAUUGUUGUUUUGAAUCUUAAUAGUUAUGCGAGUGGAAGAAAUCCAUGGGGUAAUCUGAAGCCAGAGUAUUUGGAGAAGAGAGGCUUUGUUGAGGCUCGUGUUGAUGACGGUCUCCUAGAAAUUUUUGGCUUAAAACAGGGAUGGCAUGCUUCCAUGGUCAUGACUGAACUUAUUUCUGGUAUACACAUUGCCCAGGGUGCGGCAAUACAAUUCGAGUUCAGAGGCGGGGAGUGGAAAGAAGGGUUUCUGCAGAUGGAUGGGGAGCCAUGGAAACAGCCAAUGAGUAAGGAUCAUUCCACGUUUGUAGAUAUUAAGAAAGUUCCAUUUCAGUCUGUUAUGGUCAAUGGAGAGUAAGAUGGACACACACCCCUUUCACCAAUUGGUGUCAAUAUAAAUCACAUUCAUUUCCUUGUGGAUUGUAUAUUAUUAGCACAAACCGUUGUAUUUAAUCCUUUCCUUGCUUGUAUAACUUGAUUCAUUUUACGAAACUAUGGCAUUAUUGGCGUAGAAUUCAACUCAUCUGUGUUUCUCUGGUGACUCAUGGUUUCGCAUGGGCACUUGCAAUUGUUUACAUGGUGUUGGCUUUCUUUUAUAAUACACCGAAGGCUUAUUUGUUUGGGCA